AUGAGCUACGACAUUGCUUUGCUUGAGAUUAAUGGACGCAUUCACUUUGGUGAUUUUAUUAAACCUGUUUGUCUGCCUUAUCCUGGGAAGAGGUUUGUACCAAACACCAUGUGUGUUGUUGGUGGAUGGGGUCGUAUUACUGAGAGAGGGUCGCUUUCUUCUGUACUUCAGGAGGUGCAUCUGGACCUGUUGGACCAAAGCAAAUGCAAACAAGUCAUACAAACUCUUAGACCAGAGCAGAAGACCUUCACAGUUAUGUGUGCUGGCCCAGAAAGAGGAGGGAGAGAUGCCUGUCAAGGGGAUUCUGGGGGUCCUCUUCUCUGCCCCAGAGCAGAUGGAAGGUGGGUGGCUGUGGGGGUCACGUCAUGGGGCAAGGGCUGCGGUCGAAGUUGGAAUAACAACAAGUUCAAACCAGCAUCCAGAAGAGGCUCACCUGGAGUAUUCACUGAUGUCUUAAUGUUCCUGUCAUGGAUCAAGUCAAAUCUUAGGAAAGGUUUGGACAGGUCUCUGUGCAGUGUACCUGACGGAGUGGUUCUUGGAAGUGAAGGUGUCAUCAGAAACCCAGCUCGUCCAGGUCAAAGUUACAAUAACAAUGAAGUCCAGAAAACCAUUCCACCCAUAAUGUCCUCUUCAUUAGCAGUCCAUGUUGUGCUCAAUUUAUCUGUUGGUUUCAUCACCUGGACUGCAAGGUGUACUCAGUUCCCCAGUCAGGUUCUCGACUUCGACGACUUUGAUCUUGAGGAGUCAGAGGACUGUGAAUAUGAUUCACUCACAGUGUUGGAGACAUUGAUGAUCUCCGAGAGACGGUUGUAUGAAGAUCAGUGGGAGGAAGCAGAUGAUGACAGCAGAGUUAUCUCACCACAUUUGCAGGCUGGUUUGUCCUUUGUGCUCUUCACACUUCGUGUGGAAUUGCCUGAUGUUACCGAGGCCUCUGGACUGGAUGGCCUGAAGAGCGGCAGAGGAUGA